ACACUUUCGUCUCCACUCAUCCAACCUUCCCAACUCCCAACUCGCAGCAAAGCAAGCAAAACCAAAAGCCCCCCUUGCGAGUGAAACCCUCUUCCCUUCAACCUCUCAUUCUUCCUCCCCUCCGGCAAUGGCGCCGCUGGUGAUCUCCGACGAGAUCCGCGCCAAGGCUGAAAUCUACACCGGCGACGCCGCAGGGCAAGAGAAGACCCGCCUCCUGCUAGCCGAAACAGAGCUCCCCAGCGGCCUCCUGCCCCUCAAGGACAUCAUCGAGUGCGGGUACGUGGAAGAGACGGGCUUCGUGUGGCUGAAGCAGAAGAAGAAGGUGGACCACUACUUCGCGAAGGCCGGCCGCCACGUGUCCUACGCCGCCGACGUCUCCGCCGUCGCCGAGAAGGGCCGGCUCAAGAAGAUCACGGGCGUCAAGGCCAAGGAGAUGUUCAUGUGGGUCAAUCUGUAUGAGAUCUGUGUCGACGAGCCGCCUACGGGCAAGAUUCAUUGUAAGGCUAUUGGGGGGAUUUCACGGAGCUUCCCUGUUGAGGCCUUUGAGGCUGAGGAUGGGGGCAAGGUUGUCGCCACUGGCCGGCUCAUGAAGAAACAGAGCGCUGUUGAGGGAGAAGACAAGAAGGAGGAGGAGGAGGAGAAGGCGGCGGAGAGCACCGUCGAGGAGGAGGAGAAGGCGGCGGAGAGCGCCGUUGAGGAAGAGGACAAGAAGGAGGCGGCGGCGGCGGCGGCGGCGGUGCCGGAGAGCGUCGAGGUCAAGCAGCAGCCGCCGGCGCCGGAGAAGAUGAAGGAGAUGAACGCCGCAGUGCUACAUGCAUGAUUAAUUCGGUUAAUCAGUUACUGCUGCUGCUGCUACGAAUUUGUUUUCGGAAUAAUGCAAUUGCAUUCGCAUGUAUCAAUCAAAUCCCCUUCUAAGCAAAAUCGCAUGUACUAUCAACCAUCAAUCCUCGCAUCUACUCCAGUACCAGCUAGCUGAUCGAUGAUCUCUAAAAGAAUCUACUGUGUAUUUACGUUUUCUGGUUUUAAAUGUCCUCUUAAGGAGAUGGGAUUUAAUGAAGGUCAUGAGAGGCGGGCAUGUGCAGAGAUCGCGACUCGAUCGUACGUGCAACUGCCUUCUCUUUAACUGCUUUA